AUGCCAAGCGAACAAACGUUCUAUGACGGAUCCGUUCUUUUUGAGCCUCUGGCGGAUGUCACAGGAGUAUCCGUAGACAAGAUCAAUUUCGUUAUGUGCAUGUUUGCUUCGCUGCCCUUAUCUUAUGUUUAUUAUAAGUUUUUGGCUCCUGGCAAAGUAUCUCGUCAGACUCGGUCUCUGGUUCCUCUAAUCAUAGGAUUAUUUUUCUGCUAUUUCUGUUUUGGAAGAGCAAUUAAGCACCUGCUGGCGAACAUACUGGUUAGUUAUGGUUUGAUGUACGUCAUCCCUCCUAAAUACGUCCAUUUAGCUGUUUUUGUUUUCUCAGUUGGCUAUUUGCUUUUUAUUCACUUCUAUAGAUGGUUAUUAUUAACAUCAUACUAUCUCGAUGUUACUGGUCCUAUUAUGGUUGCAGUUCAAAAAAUCACGACUGUGGCUUUCUCUCUGCACGAUGGAAGAGGACGCAAGCCAGAAUCUCUUUCAGACUUACAGAAGAAGGAGGCUAUCAGAGAGAUUCCUAACAUUAUUGACUAUCUGUCUUACACUCUAAACUUCCAGACCGUUCUCACAGGCCCGUUAAAUUAUUACGCAGAUUAUAUUGCUUACUUAGAUGGAACCAAUCUCACACCUGGCAAAGAUGGAAAGAAACCAUCACCUACUGGAGUAGCCUUGCGCAAGAUCGUUGAGUCCUUAUUCUACUUAUAUAUAGUAGUCUUCUACGUUGGAAAAUACCCAACUGAAAUCAUUGCACAAGAAGAGUAUUUGAACCUACCAAUUCUUCAAUGGGCUUGGUGGUGGUUCUUCACUAUAUUCCUAUUCCGUGUCAAUUACUAUUUCGCCUGGACCUUUGCUGAUGGUGUCUGCAAUUUGGCUGGCUUCGGAUUCUCCGGUUAUAACAAAGAAGGAGAAGCUCAAUGGGACUUGUGCACGAAUGUUAAACCUUUAAAAGUUGAAAUGGCUCAAAGUUUCAAGGAAACUCUUGACGCAUGGAAUACACAAACAGGUGGAUGGCUUCGCCGUGUUGCCUAUGACAGAACUCCUAAAAGCAUCCGUACUGUUGCCACUUACGUUCUGUCGGCCAUUUGGCAUGGAAUAUCAGUGGGAUACUAUAUUACCUUCUUGUCUGGUGCUUUGAUGACUUUGGCCGGUGCCACGUUCCGAAGAUCCAUGCGUUUCCGUUUUGUGAACAACCCAACUCACAAGAGAGUUUAUGAUUUUGUGACAUUCUUGGCCACAAAGGUUGCUUUGGCCUACUCGACGUAUUCUUUCACCACCAUGCAUCUUAAUCCUGGAUGGUUCAUUUACUCAAGGGUCUUUUUCUGCGUACACAUUCUUGCUUUUGCAAUUCAAGUAGCACUUCCAUCCGUUUUUCCUCCAGAAAAGAAGAAGAAGCCUGAAGAUGGAACUUCUAGCUACGCUAAGAAAUCUGAAUAG